AAGACGAAAAUUUAUUUGAAACCUAAUGCAAUUUAUCGCAGGAUGUUACGGCUGUGCGCAAAUAUUUAGGAUAUUUUCAAAUUACUAAACAAUUUACAUUUAUUGAACAAAAAUGACCAGUUUGAUAAACCCCAGAGGAACUCUAAUGGAUAAUUCGACAACAGACGGUAGUGGAAUUGUUCAACCAUAUGCCUACAAUUUUCAAAAUGUAUACAAUUAUGGAUACGAAACUAAACUUUAUGGAUAUGUUUGGCCUAGUCUUGGAUUAACAGUUUUGAUUCUGAACAUCCUGAUGAUAGUGGUAUUUAUCAGAACCCGAAUGAGCAGCACUACGCACAUGUACUUGGCAGCCAUUACGACAUUGGACACAUUGACAAUUAUAUUCCCGUCAAUUGUUUAUUUCCAUGUUUUUGUGGUCUUGGAUAUAGAUGAUUAUCUUCCGUAUAACUUAUGUAAAAUGUGGUAUUAUUUCACAGAUAUAUUUCCAGUCACGUUCCAUGCUUCAGCCAUUUUGAUAACAGUAUGCUUAGCUGGUCAGAGAUGCCUAUGCGCAGCUUAUCCUCUGUCUGUUGCACAAUGGUUCACAACAAAAGUUACAUUUGUGUCAAUUGUCGGGUGCAUUUUAAUUGCUGUAAUCUUUGAGGUGUCCGAAUUCAUUCUUUACACAUUUGACCGUGUGGACAUUUUUAGGUCAAAUGAAACUAUUUCAGGUUGCAAAAUAAGCAUUGGGAGGCUAGAAACGGACGAAGUGCGAAAAUACCAAAUAUCUCAUUUCAUCGUUCGAGUCGCAAUAUUUGAACUUAUUCCAUGUGUCAUAUUGAUAAUUUUAGACAUAAUCAUGUUGAGAAAAGUUCAUCAGGCACAAACAUGGAGGAAAAGUUCCAGUUCAAAUUUACAGAAGAGCAGACGACGAAACAGUUCGGUGACGUCAACGUCUACUCGAUUGACAAUUUUGACACUUUGGUUUGUUGGUGUGUUCUUGAUUGUUGAAAUUCCGGUUGUAAUCAUUUUAUCGAUUUAUGCUGCUGGAAUGCUCCUUUCAAAAACAAUUGUACCACUGAAUGAACUUUACACUGCUUCGGUAUUUUCAAACUUUCUUGUAAUGCUGAGCUUUCCUUUAAAUUUCUUCAUAUAUUUUUGUUGUUCGAAGGCAUUUCGAGUAGAAGCAAUACGUCUUCUGACAUGUAGAGUGUCAAGGAAAAGCAAAAUGCAGAGGAACGCGUUUGAUUCAGUGUUUCAGAGAACAAUAUCGUCACAAAUUGAUCAUGCAAAUCCUGCUUUCCAGAACUAGUUCGA